AUGAUGUCUUAUCUUAAGCAACCACCUUACGCAGUCAAUGGCCUGAGUCUCACAACCUCGGGCAUGGAUUUGUUGCAUCCAUCCGUCGGUUAUCCCGCCACCCCCCGAAAGCAGCGGCGGGAGCGCACGACCUUCACCCGGGCGCAGCUGGACGUGCUGGAGGCUCUUUUCGCCAAGACUCGCUACCCAGACAUCUUCAUGAGAGAGGAAGUAGCCCUGAAAAUCAACCUGCCCGAGUCCAGAGUGCAGGUGUGGUUUAAAAACCGCCGGGCCAAGUGCCGGCAGCAACAGCAGCAGCAGCAGAACGGGGGCCAGAACAAGGUACGACCAGCUAAAAAGAAGAAUUCACCAGCCCGGGAAGUGAGUUCAGAGAGUGGGAGCGGGCAGUUCACUCCCCCCUCCAGCACCUCGGUCCCACCAUUUCCAGCAGCGUGCCCCGUCUCCAUCUGGAGCCCAGCGUCAUCUCCCCGCUCUCAGCCCCUGUCCACCUCUUCCUCCUGCAUGCAGAGAUCCUAUCCCAUGACCUACACCCAGGCAUGCUACAGCCAAGGAUACGCUGGCUCGACCCUAUUUGGAGGGAUGGACUGUGGAUCUUACUUGACCCCUAUGCACCACCAGCUUCCCGGCCCUGGGGCCACCCUGAGUCCCAUGGGUGCCAACGCGGUCACCAGCCACCUCAACCAGUCUCCAGCCUCCCUUUCCACCCAGGGCUAUGGAGCCUCCAGUUUGGGCUUUAACUCCACCACCGAUUGCUUGGAUUAUAAAGACCAAACGGCCUCCUGGAAGUUAAACUUCAAUGCUGACUGCUUGGAUUAUAAGGACCAGACGUCGUCAUGGAAGUUCCAGGUUUUGUGA